CUGAAAUCCUGCUUUAAACUGAAAUAGUAUCACUUCCUUUAUUUAGUUGAGCUGUUGGAUACGUUACCCCCAAGCUUUUUGUACUGAACCCAACAGAAACACCAACGGCUAAAAUAAACUAACGUCAGCAUUAUCAGCUGACUACGCAGCUAAGUUACAGUUCGACAUGGACGAGUCGGACACCGCAGCCAUCCUUCCCGGCGAUGUUCUCAACGCCGCCGCAUCGACGGACGACGAAGUGUUGCCGAGUGAGGAGGUCCAUGUACGGACCACCCGCUCCCUGCGACCGCCGUUUUCAUGUCCGCUGCCACUUUCUGUGGAGCCGGUGUUGUUCCUGUCCAUGUUUUCUCUUGCCCUACAGGCACCUCUGUCCACACAGUACCUGUGGGACCGCAUCAGUGAAGACCUCGGCUACAACGGCUCCAAGAGGUCUGAGUGCAGCAACAGCUCCGUCCCCCCCGACCCUCUGCAGAAGGAGGUGGAAACGUUGACAGCUCACUGGAACCUGUACAUCAGUUUGGGUGGCUUUUCUGUAGGCCUGUUAGUGGUUCCUCUCCUGGGCUCAUGGAGUGACCUUGCAGGUCGUAGGCUAGUCCUCAUCUUCCCCAACCUAGGCCUGGCCCUGCAGGCGGUGGUUUAUCUAGUGGUGAUGUAUCUGAAGCUGCCUGUGGCCUACUUCCUGUUGGGCAGACUGCUUAGUGGCCUCUCGGGUGAUUUCAACGCCAUCCUGGCAGGCUGCUUUGCAUACGUGGCUGAUACCAGCGACAGGCAGUCCCGCACCUUCAGAGUGGCAAUCCUGGAGGCUUGUUUGGGCCUUUCUGGGAUGCUGGCUAGCAUCAUUGGAGGACAGUGGCGUCGGGCACAAGGGUACAUCAACCCAUUCUGGCUGGUCCUGGCCACCAACCUGGCUUCAGCUCUGUACGCCUACCUGUUUGUUAGUGAGUCUGUCCUGCCAGACCCAAGCACCAAGCUCCUCACCACUCGCCACUACAAAGCCAUCUGGCACCUCUUCUCAACAGGAGGCAGCACCAACGAGGCUGGUGGAGGAUUCCACCGAUGCAAGUUGUGGCUUUACACGCUGUGCUUCUUUCUGGUGGUGACCGUACACUCCGGCAGCCGGGAGCUGUACGUGUUGUAUGAGCUGAGCUCACCGCUGUGCUGGGGACCGACCCUCAUUGGCUAUGGGUCAGCAGCUCAGCACCUGGCCUACCUGAGCAGUCUGCUGGGGCUGAAGAUCAUGCAGCGCUGCCUGGAGGACUCCUGGGUGGCUAUUGUGGGUCUGGUCUCUAAUAUCACUGGGCUGGUGGUCUUCUCUGUAGCUGACACCACUCAGCUCAUGUUCACAGGUUAUGGUAUGUGUUUCCUCUUCAUGGCUGCGACACCUGUGCUCAGAUCAAAGCUGUCCAAGUUGGUGGGCCUGUCAGAACAAGGUGCCCUGUUUGCCUGUGUUGCCUGUGUGGAGAGCUUGUGUUUCCUGGUGGGUAGCAGCGUCUUCAACUCCCUUUACCCAGCCACACUGCACUUUAUGAAGGGCUUCCCCUUCCUUUUUGCUGCCAUCAUCCUCUUCAUCCCUGCCGGAAUAAUUGGGACCUUGCAAUGUUUGGACCAGAGGAGAGAGCACAGAGACUCCACAGCUUCCUGACCUGAAUGAAGGCAGAGAGUUAAGGUUCCUCCUGUUGUCAGUCUGUGAGGCGAGCAGCUCUGACACAGAGACAUCAAUAAUGUCUGUCUGUGACACCGGGAGAGAAAAUGACUGACAUGACUAAACAAGACUAGGUCAAAACCUAGUCAGUUGCUGGACCAUGCAUGAAAUGCUAGAGGGCUUUUAAUUUGAAAUGAUGGAUACAGGAAGUAGCGACACUUGGCCGAGAGGACUGAUGACAUCACUCAGUCAGUCACGGACUUUUGCGUUUAUAGGGCUCGCCCCUGGAGUCCAGCCAAAAACCUCUUAAUAAUCAAAUAGUGGAGGUUAGGGCUUUUGUCAAACCUUAUGAACAAGACAACAUCAUAAUGGUUUGUUGCAUCAGUACAACAUAAUGAGUGCCAAAGAAAGUACAUCACAUUUCUAUUUUUAGUUUUUUCUUUCAACAGCUUUAAUAACUCAUCGCUGUUUAAGCCGUCCAACAACAUAUCAAGCAUGGGUGCAACAUUUAAGCAAUAUUACUUCAGAGGAUUAUUUAUUCAUAGCAACAUUUCAAUCACCCGCUGCAGGUGUGAUUCCUAAUUAAUUUGUCAACAACAGACACAUGCUUGGCUCACUUACAGUUUCCCAGACCUCUUCCAUCUUCAGUCAACAUACAAAGGUGAGGUCAAAGGUUUUGUUACUUGUAAUUCUUCUAAUGUAAUUUAUUUAAUUAAACUUGAUUUAUGAAGGGAAGACAGUAAAAAAAAUAAUAAAAACUCAUGAGAGCUGUCAGGUGUAUGAACUCACCUGUAGCCAACACUAACUGUACAGUUGCUAUAUUGAGAUUUAUGGCAACUCCUAGACGUAACUUGUGUCUUAUUUUUUUAGUUUAAUUUAUUGAGAGCGCAUAGAAUAAAUAAAGAUUAUGAUUUCAGUUGCUGUUUUGAAACAAUAGGGGACGUAGCCACCUUGCGUAUUUGCUUCUGUCUUCACAUUUUAAAGGAGGAUUUCCAUUGUUAAGGGUUAUCCCAAACCAGCUGACCAGUGGAAACGGACUAAAAUCCUCCAACAGUGAAGAUAAUACCGAAGAUUUGUUCAUAUUAUCAUGUUAUAAGAAUAUAGAUCAGUCUGUGCCAGUUGUGUCCUUACACAGCCAUCAGUAAUCCACAGCAGAGAUAGCGAAGCUGUAGCAGCAGCAAGGGAUUACUGAGUUACACCUUGACCCUCUUCCCUCCCCUUUCCAUAAAACAGAUACGACAGUCCAAACUCCCUCAAGAGCCUCCCCCUCCCCACAAACAACACUGGAUAGUCCCUGAGCACAAAGCCAGAGUCAGCAUGCCCGCAGGUCAGGUCCUAGUUGCACAAUGAGGGAACAAGAGCUGCCAAAUCAGUUUUAAAAAGCACAAAGGGAAGUUUAGAGGUUAAGUGAAGUAUUAACUCAGCUACUGUUAACACUGAGCUGCAGUUUGGUUGCUUCAUGUGGUCAAAGCCAUUCUUCACAUGCAUUGUCUAACAACACAAGGCAUUGUCAUAAUUAGUUGUGUAUUAUUUAUAAAUUGUAUUUGAUUUCAUUUCGUAUAGGUUGUGAUAACAGGACACACACAAGUGAAUCAAACUCUCAUCAAAGAUUUCGUUGUUAAAUUGUUGUUCAACAUAUGUUUCAAAUAAAAGGGACCAAAUAUGGUUUGUCUCACACUUUCAGAAAACAUCAUGGUAACAAAUGAAAUCCUGUGUUACUAUAAGAAAAAAAAGGUAAUGUCAGUUAAUAAAUGGAGCACAUUUGAUGAAUUCAUUUCCAUAAGGUGAACAGUAUAGGAAACCAAUAUUAAGGCAAGAUUAGACAACUUCUGUGAAUGUGUUUUUGAGCCUUCCAGUGCUUUAUAGAUACAAUAUAAUGCUGCGUAAAAACAUGUCUUUCAGGCUACAGUAAUUGUACUGAAUAAUAAAAUAUGACUUAUACACCCAGAUGACUGCUUUGGUUAAUUUGCAAGAGUUAAAUGUUUAAUCUUAUAAAUAUCAGCAUCAUCAAAGCAGGAUUAUACUGUAGAUUUUCACAGGUGCACCACUGUGUUGUGUUUAUGUGUACAGGUGAUUUGCCACAGGCCCUUUUGUAGUUUCACAAGCCUCAGUGUAUUAUAUUGCUGGAUUUCUUGUCGUCUGUACUAGACUGUUUU